AAGGAAAUCCUGUGCUGUGAUUGGUCGAUUAACAAAAGACAGCGUUGGAAGUUUCCUUAUAUGGUAGUGGGCCGGACGGCGUUCACAUAGGUCGCAUGUUUGAGCGGGACGUUUACGACAUAUCGUCUGUUUUCCGGCAACAGUUUUGCGACAUAUUUCUGCCAUCAUACGUGACUGUUCUUGCGCACAUCUCUCAAAAUGGCUGCGCCCUGGUGCUGGUUUCGAGACGUGUGAGGGGGAAAAUUUGUGCAAGUGUUUUGAAGAUUUUGCGUGGCUUUCUUUAAUGAUCAGGUGAUUUAGGGGAAGUGUACUAUAUCACAGCAGAUUUGGCAGUCAAAAACCUGCAUUGGGAAGACGAUCUUUUGUGUGUUUUGGUCGAUGUGAACGAACUGAACCAGAACCGGCUGUACAGCAUCAACAUAAUUUUGUCAACUCAGCUGUGCGUCUCAACAUCAAUAAUAGAUUCAUGCGAUGACUGACAGUUUGCGAAUUCUUACAAAUACAUCAGUACCAAACAGGGUUGUAAAAAGUGCUUCAAAAAUGAGUUUCGUAAGGUACAAGGAGAGGGUAGAGGAAGGGGACGUCGUCAUCAUUUAUUUGACACACGAGUCCAUGUUCCCCUUGACACUGGAAGGCGGUCGCAUCUUCCAAACGCGUUUCGGGGCCCUCAGACAUUCCGACAUCAUCGGCAAGCGUUUUGGCUCCAAGAUUCUGUGUGGAGGGGGAAGAGGGUACGUGUAUGCCUUACACCCUACUCCUGAACUGUGGACCCUGACUCUGCCUCAUCGGACACAGAUUGUCUACACCACUGACAUAAGUAUGCUGACUCUUCAACUUGAUCUAAAACCAGGAUCGGUCGUCGUGGAGUCAGGAACUGGCAGUGGAUCUGUGUCACACGCUGUUAUUCGUACCAUCGCUCCCACCGGACACCUCUAUACCUUCGAGUUCCACCAACAGCGUGCAGAGAAAGCCCGGGAAGAAUUUGCAGAUCACGGGCUCAGCAACCUUGUGACAGUGACACACAGAAAUGUGUGUACGGAUGGGUUUGGGCUGUCUGACGUGGCUGAUGCUGUGUUUCUGGACCUGCCGUCCCCCUGGGAAGCAGUGGUCUCAGCAAAACUGGCUCUAAAGAAAGCAGGUGGGAGACUGUGUUCCUUCUCACCAUGUGUGGAGCAGAUACAGCGCACCUGUGACAAGCUGCGCAGCCACGGAUUCUGUGACAUCACCACAAUGGAAUGCCUAUUGCGAACAUUUGAUGUCCGGACCAUUGCCCUCCCUGAGCCGGACCUCGGAUCACCUGACACAUGCGUACAGACUCAGUCGGAAGGAAGUGAAACAGCACAGAACUUUACAUUUAAGUCUGCUGUUCCACCUAAGGACAUGCCAGGUCAUACAGGAUUCCUCACAUUUGCUACCUUGUAUCCACAAGUGGAGACGUCAUAGCAACUUUUCACUGAGGCCUUACUAAUGGUAACCUCUCAAAGUUCACCACACCAACUGAAAACUAACAGCCAACACUUCCAUCAUCAGCCAUCCAGGGUCCUUUUAAUCAUGGGUUGGACGCAGGACACAAUAGCAGGCCAGACAGAGCCAUUGAUACCAAGUUGACAAGUUUUAUUUCUUCCAUGUAGAGAUUGUACAGAAGUCUGGAAUGUAUGUUGUUAGCCUGUCAUGGUAAGAACCAGGCUUCCUGGCUUCUCAUUAAGUCAGAGACUGUACAGCCCUUACUGUAACACAGGGCAUACCAGCAUUUUAGCCUUACAAAUGUACAAAUGUCUUCAGUAUAACAAUAUUCACCACUAGUCAGUACUGUCUUGUGUAGUGUGUACCAAAGUCUUACUAACUUCUAAGAACUUCUUAAGUCAUGUCAGUAACUUACUUAAUUUCACAGGUGGCAUACCGUGCUUUGUCUUUUUCAACUUUGCUUCUCAACAGCAAGUCAAAUAUCCUGGCCUAGUAGGCAACAAGCACGAGCUCUAAUACUCAGUAGUGCCAUGUUGUCUUGAUAUUGAUGGACCAAUUACAUUUCUUGGUUCUCACACAAAUGUUAAAAAUGAUAAAAACAGGCCAGAUGUAAGAUGUCAUGUUGUAUAUCAAAAGGUACAAGAUACAUUUACUUUUUUUCCCCUUUUUUAGGACUUAUUUUCAAGCACUUCUACAUAAUUUGUAUGUG